AUGGAGGUGGACACCUUUCCUAAAGAAAAUAAUCUCGGUCACCUUUGGCCUUUGUUCUACGCUAUCAAAAUAGAGGAAAUGGAGAUAGUCAGAAGCUUAAAUGAUGAGGAAAUUGACUUUCUUACUGACAAAGUUCCUGGAGACAAAAUUAGAUUGAGGAAGCAAAUUGAUCUUUUGAAAAGUGGCAAGAGAGAGAUUUCUACAGAAAUACUCCACCUUCCAGAAACAAAAAAACCAAAAAUUAUGAAUUUUGAACAAGAUGAUGAAGCUAGGCUGGUGUUGACUGAAGUCAAUCAGUCAAGUGAUAAUGGAAUAACCGGAGAAAAUCCCAACAUUUUCAACGAGGAUUUAUCGUCCCAGAAUACAGGCAGUCAGAUGCAAUUUUUGUUUGUAAAUCCAAUACAAGCAAGCACAUCAGGAGAGGUUGAUCUUCGGCAACUAUUUUCUGAAAAUGUACUUGGGCAAGCCCUAAUUGAAAAAUCAAAAUCCAGAGGUCUUAUAAAUGCGGAUAGGGACAGAAUAAGUGACAUUGUUAUUACGCACUGCCUCAACAAAUUUGAAAAAAUGGACCAUGCACAAUUCGAUCUUUUAGCGGAAAAUCUUGCAAAGCUUUUCCCAACUGAAAAAAAAAGUACAUAUUUUAUACCACCAAUUAAGAAAAAGGACUCGAGACGCAAGAAAUCGGAAAGAGCGCGUGGUAAGCUGGUUGAAAAAUACAGGAACAAGCGGCACCUUUUAAAAUCCUUAUCAACUCAGACAAAUGGAAACUCUGAUGAUGACGAUGAUGCUGUAAAUAUAUUAAAAUCAUCAGAAGUAUCACAAGAGGCUAAGAAUAGUCAAAUAAUUUUGAAAAACAAUCCUGAUUUACCACCAGCAGAGGUUUCAGUUUAUUGGAGGCAAUCGUUUUCUGUGAGGAAAUUGAUAACAAAUACGGAAAUAGAAAAAUACUUGGAUGACUGGCCUGUACUAAAAACGCAGCUAGCAUAUGAACUGAUGUCCUAUGAUUUUGAACAAAUUCACAAAUCUGUUAAUUAUUUGCCUCUGCAAGAACAAUUUGACAAAUUAUUUGACCAAGUAUUUUGUUCAAAACAUGGCAGUUUGAACUCAACAGACAGCUCCAUCGCUAAACUCUUGAAAGGUGGAAUAACAACAGAUUCCAAGAACUCUAUAAAACUAUACCUCUUGUCGAGUCUCCUUCCAUCCAAGGCAAGAACUAAAUUGAAAAACAAGAAACAGUGGAAGCCAUCCAUAGCUGAGACUCGAGAUGCAAUAUGUGUGCAUGCAAAUACACCAGAGGAUGUGGAUGAGCUUAAAAAUCUACGGGUAGAUAUAAUGUCUGAAAAAGGACUGACAGUCCAACCAUAUAUUAUUUUAAUUGGCCCCAACUUGGGAAAUAUUACAUCGUCUCUAGUUAUUAUCAACGAGAUUCAAUACAAAUGCAACACGGUUCUAGAAGCCUUAGACUUUUGUUUUAAGGCGUAUCAGGUUUUAGAAGCCAAAUAUCCAUUUGAGGCUGAGCAUUUGUGGUACCUGAUACAAUGGUCGAUUUACAAUUACGAAACUAAAAAUGAUAUUACAUUCCCAUUUUUAAAUGAAUUUUUGUAAAUCUUGAAAUAUCUUUUUUUUUUUCUCUUAUCUCCAGUGAAAUGUAUACUUUUAGCCCAAGAAACUUAUACCUGGGCCGCAACAAAUUUUGCGAGGGCAGGCUGAUUUUUCCAGGGCUGAUUGGGGACUGGGUCCUGAGUAAUGAGCCAAAAAAUCACACUCGAAAGCCUUGUGCGUUCGGCCCUAUUGGCCUUUUUCUUAUUUAUUUUUUUUUCGACAAAAUGACCUCCACAAAACUUGUAGAUAAUUACAUUCUGAUCAACUUUGCCUCAUGACUUUUUUUGCUAGCUAUACAUAAUAAUAGCUAUUUGUGUAUUAAGAGCGCAAAGUGAUACUUUGCCGAUCGAAAGAUAUUGUUGAUAUUGGCAAAUAACUUGAGAUCGGCAAAAGGCACUUUUUGCUCGUAAUGCACACUUGAUUUUUCUUUUACAAUCGCAUUUGAUAAAAAAUAGUUCAGGUUCAAAGAAACCAGUAGUAAAAGCAAGCGCUUUUACUACUUUGCCGCUCUAGAGCGACAAAGUGAAGGAUUUUGACGUAGUUUGACGCUCUAAAGCGGCAAAGUGGAAGUCAUCAGGAAACGUCUACUUUGUGAGCACAAAUCUAAUCGACAAGACCGAUUGUAGAAAAAAACAUUUUGUCACUUUUGAAACAGGCAACAGGUCUCAGUAUUGUCAAAAAAAGCAUCAUUUCGAUUUCACGCUUUCACUCCGGAAAAAUGAUUUCACCGAAUUAUUGAUGUAAUGUAUCAUUUCCUGGACUGAAACCGAUAACGUAAUGGAGUAUAUUACCAGUAUAAAAUAAAUGGCCAUUUUAGUGUUUUACUUUAGGUGGGUGUUAUGUGGAAUUGCGCUCCUUUUUUAGAUGGACACGGUGCAGAUAUUUCAGGCAGGUCGUUGCAGUCGGCAAUGGUCAAAAUAUCGUCGUUGCUUGUCGUGCUCGUUGGCGAAGGUUCAUCUGCUUCUAUAUCGUUAAUAUCUUCGUCAUCGUUGUCACUUUACUCCUCGGCAAGUGUUGGUAACUGUGGAACGUUUUCGCAGGUUUCCCCUACACAAUUUUUACAAAUCGCUGUGCACUUUAGCCUGGCUUUGCGACAAUCGCAAGCGGAUCGGCAUGGUGCUUCGCAUUUGCAGGAAAUGAGAUUCAGCAAUGCCGGUGGAACUGGUACUUUGUGUGUCUUGCAGGGCAUCCAGCCUGUACUUUGCUUUUCCCAACCCCACUCUUUUGGAUCUAGGUAAUUUCCCAGCCACAUUUGCAUUUGGUGAUAUGUGCGUAAAAAGUGAUAUUUGGCCGAUUCUGUAGUAGGUGGGAGGGUAGCAAGAUUUGUUUUAAUUUUUGACGUAGACCUUACAAAACAUUUGUAACGCAAAGAGUUCAGGGAAUCUUCCUUCAUGCUCCCUCCAUACAAAGCAAUCAUUACACGCUCUCCUGCAAAGGCCACCGUUUGAGGAUCGCAUAUUUUCCUGUAGAAGGACGAUAUAAAGUUUUCCAGCGAGGGCUCUUUCUCACCUGUGGAUAUUAGUUUUGCCUUACCCACACCAAAAAAGUAGGAUGUGGAAUCGCAUCCACUGAAGGCAUGAAAAAACACAUUUUGCAGAUGCCUGAAAGGCCGUACAAGCAAAAUAAUAAGGUGUCGAUAAAAUAUCAUCAAACAAAGUAGUAGAGCAUGUUAUUAUGUACAAUAAUCUGCAGGUUUGCUAUUUAAUUUUUUUUGCGAAUUCUGAAGCACUAAAAUGGUUGCAACGCUUAAACUAAAAUAGCUAGCAAAAAAAGGCAUGAGGCAAAGUUGAUCAGAAUGUAAUUAUCUACAAGUUUUGUUAAGGUCAUUUUGUCGAAAAAAAAUAAAUAAGAAAAAAGCCAAUAGGGCCGAACGCACAAGGCUUUCGAGUGUGAUACUCAGGACACAGUCUCCAAUCAGCCCUGAAAAAAUCAGCCUGCCCUCGCCAAAUUUUUCGAAAACCAAAUAAAUGUAUUGGGCUAUUUUUCUACCUCUCAUUAUGAAGGCUUCUCGAUUUUUUUGUUUUAAGUGUGGGAAACUUUUUUUUGCUCACGCAACUUUAAUACGCCAUAUAAAAGUCUCGUACUCCUAUCUUGAGAAAUAUAGUUGUGGCCAAAAACACUGCAACCGUUCAUUCAAUAACAUUGCUGGUUUACGCAAGCAUUAUAUUUCACAUUUGGCUACAGUUUCUUCACCCCGACCAAUUUGCAAUAAUGUUAAAAUUGUGAACCCCGAGGCAUCUUUUUCGUAUCAUAAUGUAAAGAAACUUCUGAUACAGAUGAAAAAAAUAGUAAUUCAUUAUUACCAACUGCAGACAAUUCAUCAUUCUCCAGAAAUCUUGUUCAGACAGUAAUUGAUCACACCAGAAAGUUAGUAAACGAUUUAACUAGUGCCAUUGAAGCUCAAAAACCUGAUGAUAAUAGUCAAAGUGAAUCUCAAAUAAAUAUUCGUGAUUCUUUAAAACCUGUGUUUGACAACAUAGAUCAUACUUUUAAAAGUUUUAAAUCAGAAUAUUUGAAAUUAAAAUUUUUUGAAAAUAAUUCUUCUUUUAUAAAACCCAACCAAUUUAAUAUUGGGACAACUUCUUGUCUGAACAAUAUUGACUCAACAGUGCCUCCAGAUUUUAAAAUAAAAAAUCUGCCCUAAAAAAAAGUUAAAACAAUUUUUGGAGCUACCAAACGUUUGUGGUGAUAUUACUUCCUUUAAUGCUGAAGAAAAAAGUUCACAAGAUGUAAUAACUAGUGUAUAUCAAGCCAACCUUUGGAAAACUAUGGAGUUAAAUUUUGCUGGAAAAACUAUAUUUCCUCUGUUUCUUUUUCUCGAUGAUUUGAAGCCUUGUAAUGCAUUAGGUUCUAGAACUGAAAUAUAUAAGCUUGGUGUCGUUUAUAUAUCUUUAGCAUGCGUUCCAUCAGAAUAUGCUUUACUUUUAGAAAAUAUUUUUUUGGCCCGAGUGUUUCAUUCUGGAGAUCGGGAAACUUUUGUAAAUGCCAAAGUGGCCAAAGUAUUUUCAAGCUUAAUUUAACAGUAUUAGAAACUUUAGGUUUUAAUACAAAUGCGCAAGCUUUUGAAGUAAUUUCUAAGUCUGAAACAUUACGCCGGGUUUAUACGUUUGAUAAACUAUUUUGUCUAUUAGUAUACAUUUUACUGGAAACGGUAAAAAGGUGAUAAGCCCAGUUUAGUUCGUAAAAUACAGACCUUGUUUCAAGUUUCAGAAGAUUUAUUUAUUUUUUGUUAUAUUAGUCAGUAGGUUAGUAGAAUUCGAAUAUUGAUUUUGGUUUAUUCGAUGAAAUUUUAAUUUAUAGUUAUUACUGUAGGUAAAGGUACCUACAGUAAAAAUAAUGAGGCCUUUGAAUAGUCAAAUAGACAAAAAAUUGUCUGUUUAUACCUCAGAGUAAUACUACAUAAAUAGAGAGGGCAAGUCAUUCAUAAAGUCAUUUGGUUUCUGCGGCCAACAAUCCUAAACGACAAUAGUGGAUUAAUGAAUGGAACUACAUGGAGUGGGGAUAAGAUUGCGGACAAUGCGGGCCAAUCACAAACAAAACCCGUUUGACAUUUCUUACUAUGAAUACUACAGCGCAUUCGCGAUAAUGGUCGGGCUUGCUUCGGCAAUAUUUGCAUCCUUCUUUAUCUGGUUAUCUUAACAAAGAUAAAACGAUUCAGGUGGGCGUUCCUAGACGAAUACAACCAGGCUCCCAGAUUUUAGGCAGUGUUGCCAUUUUCAGCUAGCACAAAAUCUUAUUCAAAUUUUAUUGUGAUUAUAGAUUAUUAUUUUAUAUAAUAAUUAUUCCCAUUCAAUUUUGGAAAACACCGCGAUAUUUUAUGUUAUAAUUGUAUAUACGUAUACCUUUCUAGAUUUUUAUAUUUACGAUAAAUUUUUUUCAAUUUCCAAUUCCAUUUUCCCCUCGAUUUUCCCUGCAACUUAGGACAAUUUAUAAAUAUGGCACAUCUGCAGUAAGUGUCCGCAAGUGAUCUUAGAAUGGGAGUCAAUGUUUGGGGCAUCUUUUAAUCAUAAUAAACCUAUCUAUUUCAUGUGUUAAUCUGGGGUUUAUACAUUGAAACUAUUAUCUAUUCACAAUCCGAUGUCCAUAGGUACAGGUAAAUUUAUCACCUUUCCCUAUCAAAUAGCAUUGACAGGUGAUAAAUUUCACCUGUACCUUUGAACUACAGAUUGUGGAUAGGAUAUACAUACUUUUAUAAGUAGAAAAAAAAUCUUAUUUCGUUUUUUAAUGAGAGGAAAUUUUUUGUUUGUGAGGAACUAUAGGUACCUAUCUACUUUAGAAUUUGUAUGUUGUAUUUUCUUUUAAUGUACCUAUGUUUUUCCUAGCAAAGAAGAUAUUUUGUUUAUUUUUUUUUACAUCUUUAAUAUGCUUAACCUUAAAGAGAAGUUCAAAUAAACGCUUGCGCAGUUUUUUUGUUACAGGAAUGCAACGUGUUGUCAGAAAGUUUUAUGUUUAUACAUACUUUCAUUCUUAGUUAGAAGGCUCGGUGUCAUGCAAAAAAAUAAUAUCUACCUUUUCCUCAAAUAUCGCGCAAUACAAAGACAAAAAAAUUUGAAUUGGUAAUUGGUAAUCAAGUUCUAAGGCUUUUUAUAGGUGGUUUGGUUCCCAUCCCCAAUUCAUCAACGAAGCUGUUUAUUAAUGGUAAUUUACACACGAACUAUAAUUUUCCAUAGAGCGGUUGAUUUUUGAACUAAAGAAGUUUCUCACUGUUAGUUGAUGUGUACAGACCUCGGAGGAGGAGAAUCACAAAAUUAUUAGUUUUAUAAUGGUUUACAAAUUCUUGUGUAAUAUUAAAUAUCACUUUAAGGCCUGGUUUAUUCAUCUUCAGAUAAACUUGCUGGUAAGAUGGCAAGAUAAAUUUACGGUUCUUUAAUUCUAUUGGUCCGCGGUUAACUGGCUGACCAAUGAGAUUACAGAUUGCGUUGUUAAACGUCAGAUUGCAUGCCUGACAGUUUAUCAGAAGGUGAAUAAACCGGCCCUAAGGAAUGUAUAGUUAGUAAUUAUUUUUUAAAAGGGUCAUUAUUACUAUAAUUGAUUAUUUUUGUAUAAAAAAAUAGAAUUGUUAUGUGCUUUCUCAGUUUAUAGAAAUUAUUAUAUUAUAAUUGUUUUAAAAGUAUGAUCGUAGAUCACUGAAAAAUAGAACUUACCCAAAGUUUGUUUCGCCAGGGUUUGUAGUGUACUUGCCACCAGCAUUUGCCUUUCUUGUUUAACAAAUGAAAAUUGACUGGAACAAAUCAAUGACGUCAAAAACGUUCGUCGGUUCUUAAACCAGAAGUCAUUCAUUUUAAUUUGUCAAAAAAUUGAAUGUGUCAUAUGAAUUAAUCUACGACAACCUUUUUUUUUCAAGUUUCAAGGUCAAGUAUGAACCCUGGUGAAACGGACCUUAGGUAUAUUUCAAGAUGAUGGUAGCCUUUUGUCGUUAGCAGUACCAUCGUUAUGCUACAGGCGCUAACUUGAGUUUUUCUCUUUGCUAUCCUAACCACACUAAUGCGGUCUAAAGAACUAAAUGCGUUUAUGGAUAGAAUAGCAAGGAAAAGAAACAUUAAUUUCUUUUUAUAUAAUUCAAGCAUGUAAUCUUAAAUAAAAAUACAAAAAAG